AUGCCUUUCAUCAGCUUCUUCGUGCAGCCAAUCUUCAGUUUCGUCGCCGAUCGCUUUCAUAAACACAAGUUCAUCCUCCUCUUCUGUACCUUCAUGUGUGGUGUCAGCUACCUGUGCCUCUUACUGGUACCAGCCAAACACAUCCCUCACACCAUCUCCAUUAAGACAAACGUUCAUUGUAAUACACAAGACUCGUACAUCCGGGACUGCUUACCGUUUCAGACUAACCAAUCAGGAGCCAGCAGAAUCGUGUUAAAUCGCGUAGAUCAUUGUCCGUUGACCUUUUACGAAUAUGCUUUGAUGUCAAGACAGAAUAAUAUGACGGGGAUCCAUUGCAAGGCGUCCUGUCUAUUUGCGGUCCCAGGUGCGUAUACUUCGCGGGUCUGCUUUACGACGGACAUCUUGAAAAAGAUCGGACACAUCCCGUGCCUCUAUCUGGCAUUAGCGGCUUACAGCAUUCGCUUUCUUUGUUAUUCAUUCCUCACAAAAAGUUGGUUUGUCUUGGCCAUUGAGCCGUUGCAUGGAUUAACCUUUGGUCUUAUGUAUGCCUCAGCUACGGGUCACGCAAAUAUUCUGGCCCCUGCUGGGCUGUCUGCUACAAUGCAAGGAAUUGUUGGUGGAAUACAUUUUGGAUUCGUUCCUCCCCGUUACAAUUCAAUUCCUCACCGUUACAAGUCACUUCCUCCACGUUACAAGUCAGUUUCCUUCCGGUUACAAAUCAGUUACUCCGUGUUACAAGUCACUUCCUCUGCGUUACAAGUCACUUCCUCCCUGUUAUGUCACUUCCUCCUCGUUACAAGUCAGAUCCUCGCCGUUACAAGUCACUUCCUUCCUGUUACAACUCAGUUCCUCUCCGUUACAAUUCAAUUCCUCCCCGUUACAAGUCAGUUCCUCCACGUUACAAGUCAGUUUCCUCCGCGUUACAAGUCACUUCCUCCCUGUUACAAGUCACUUCCUCCUCCUUACAAGUCACCCCCCUCGUUACAAGCCAGUUCUUCCCCGUUACAAGUCAGCUUCUGA